AAGAAGCAAAGGAUCCAAAAUAUGUUUUAAACAUUCUGAAUGAUCAAGAUGGCAUAUUUCUCUCAAUCAGAAAAGGAGAAAUUAUGAAGGGACUAUGGCAAACUCCUGGUGGAAUAGUAGACAAGGGAGAAAUCCCAAUGAAAGCAGCAAUUAGGGAAACUGAAGAAGAAACAGGAUUAAUUUUCAAAAGAAAAAGAUCUCGAAUAUUUAUUCAAUGA